CCAGGGAAUCACAUCGGUCCUUUCGCAUUGUGAAGAUCCUGACGUGGUUUCUCUGUCGGGAACAGCUGCACAGCAGGUACAGGCAGCCCUCGUUAAGAUGCAAGAGCUGCAAAGUAGUUUGGCAGUGGUUCAGGAAACCAACUUGAUAGAAGCAGCUCAUUCCAUGUCAGAGGCCAGUCAACAGGGAACCUUCGCCGAAGCCCUCUGCAGCUUGGAGCGCUGUGUUCUUCAGGUGGAGGAGUGCAUGGCCCAUAGUGGCGUCGAGAGUUUGACUGAUCUCGAAUUGUCCAAGCUCAAGACUUUGGCCACUCCAUUGCACGAUGUGAGGCAAUACUGUGAGCAGAUUGAUGUGCAACUCUUGGAAAAUGUCACUGAUAUAUCCACGCAGGGAGAUAUCUCUGAGCUUAAGAGCAGCGGCCAUCAGCAAACCGUAUCAGAUCACAUCCAGGAAGUAGCCGUCGUGGAGGAAGAGCCGCAAGUGGAUGUAUUCGAUAUACAACAAGGUGUCGCCAGUGGCAUCAAGCAAUUGGAAGCCUGUCUGGAAGUCACCCAGACGGAUGCCAAUAAAGAGCUUCAGCAAGUUGGCAAAAUAAUGGAGCAACUGAAGUCAGAUCUUGAGAACAUACAGAUUUCCCUUGUCACUGAUACCGUUCAACAGGAAACCGUUCUGGCCCAGGCGGAAAUAGCUCGCACCAUGUUCAGAUUGAAGGAGUGCUUGGUGCACACUUAUGAAUCUGGUUUAGUGGACUCCUUGGAGAACGUAGAGAGUGCCUUUGAAGACAUACUGCUUUCGUUACCAAUACUAGAAACGCAGUUGGCCGAGGAAAUGUUCGCCAAAAUCGAAAAGGCCUUUGCCAACUUUGUUGUCUUCUGUGAGCGCCCAGACGCUGUGGAUUAUCAAAAAUUAAAAACUCUAAAGCAACCUAUUGAAAAUCUAGUAAGUUCCAUUGGAGCUGUGGCCGCCCAGCCCACCGUAGACGUGGAGAAAUCGUCUUCAGUUGUUGUUCAGCUUCAGACUAGUCUAAUGGCUGCUUUCCGGAGUAUAAACGAUGUCAGCGAUCUGAUUAGUAACGAAGUUUUAGGUGGCCUUUUAAAGACUCAAAGCAGCUUAGUGGCUGUCUUUGAUUUUAUUGAGGGUAAUGACAAUACAAUUCGUGUCAUAGAACUUUUACAGGAAAUGGAUUCCAUUACUGCGGAACUGAAGGCAUUGUCUGCAAUUCAUGUUGAGCCCACAGUACCAAUCGAUAUAGGCAUAAUUAUAGAAAACGUUUCGUCUGGAAAAGCGUUCCUUACCGAAAUCGAGAAAGGACUUCGAGCGCAUAACCCGACAUGUAUUCUUUUGGUAGAUGAAAAUACGGACGACAUUGCUCAGCUAGAGGCAACUCUUGUGCAAAUUGAGAAAGAAAUCCUUUCUCAACCCCAACUCACUCAGAUAACCACUGAGCAGUUUGCCCUCAUAGAUGCACUGCAGCUGCAGAUCAGUAAUCUUCAGAAAAAUCUUAACAAACUGAACGUGUUUCUUUCCGAACUUCAAAGUCAAUCGGAUGUCUCCUCACCCGAAUCAGCGUUGGAUACUGACAUCGAUAUUAAAGAGGGAUCAGGAAGCCAGGAGGACGUUGAACCCGAGGCUAAAAGACCCAAAAUGUUGGAAUCUGAUCAACAACUGGAUUCUUACAAACAAGAAGGCCCUAAGAACACAGUGGAUGAAAACAAGAAGGAGAUUGAAGCAGACUCAAAGCUUCAAAACCAAAUUGAGUUGGCCGCUAAAAAAGAUGAUCAGAAGGCAGAUAAAAUAUCUGAACAAGAACAACACCAAGACAGUGAACAGCAAUUGGGAAAAAAAGAGGUGGAUGAUGAGGAAAAACCAACUGAAGUUGUGUCCCAAAAGGCAUCCCCAGAAACUAUUUUGGAAGCACUAACGGAAAAAUUAUCGCAAUCUUCUAACAAUGCUACACAAAAUGAAGCAGUUAAAACGAUCAUGACAGAGUGCCAAGAUAUUCUAGAUAAUAUUGAUAAUAUCGAAAAAGUUUCAAAGUCUAUAUUCAAGUUAAGAGAGCACAUUGUUCACACCUAUGAUGGCAUGCCACCAGAGGAACAGACAGAGAAGGAACUUGUUGAAGAACUUAUUGAAUCCCUAUUCGAAGCCUGUCCAGAAGCCACUGACCACGUAAUUCAAACCUACAUUAAAGAAAUUAAAACCAACAUUAUUUUAACAAAAGCGGCAAUCCAACUUAUUGAUGAUAGCAACAUGUUCACUAAGCCGUCUCUGCUAGUUCCGAAACUAGUAAAUCUUGAAAAACUUUCGGAAAAAACUCAACCGAAAAAACUUAUUGAUAAGUCAUCAAAAGAAAUGAUUGGCCUGCAACAGAAUUUGAUGGAUAUAUUUAUCAUAUUUGAUGACCUCCUAGAUGAAAGAACGGAAAGAAUAAAUCCGAAAAUAGAAGAAAUAAAAAAAAUAUUACUGAGUGAAUAUGACUAUAUUGAGAAAAAAGAUGGGCAACUCCAUACUGCUGUAGUUUUUGGAAAAAUACAAUUAAUUACUGAAAAGAUUCUUUAUAUUUGUGAAGAUUUUAAACAAAUUAUUGAAAGUCAAAACCAAAAUAAGGAUGCAGCAGGAGAUAUCAAAAAAUCUGAAAUUGAAGAUGUUGUUGACCAUUCAAUAGAACGAGACAUUUUAAAAGAACCCCAGCAACUGGAGAUUGAUACCGACAUUAAAUCAGGCCAGGCAGAUUCUUUAGAUGAAGUCUUCGAUAAACAAGCCCUUGAAGAAAAGCAACUAGAGGAUAGUGCACAAAAGCAAGCUGAUCAGAAUGUCGAACAGAAGCCGCAGAAACCAGAAGUAUCUGAGGUCGUAGCUGAGAAGAUAUCUGAGGAAAAGAUUGAAGAAUCCAAGAAACCUGAAGUAAAGGAAACUGAAGAGAAAUCAGAGAAAGCCAAAGCCUUGGAUAAACAAGCACUGGAAGAAAAGCAACUUGAGGAUAGUGUACAAAAGCAAGCUGAUCAGGAUGCCGACCAGAAGUCCCAGAAACCAGAAGUAUCUGAGGUCGUAGCUGAGAAGAUUUCUGAAGAAAAGAUUGAAGAACCCAAGAAAUCUGAAGUAAAGGACACUGAAGUUAAAUCAGAGAAAGCCAAAGCCUUGGAUAAACAAGCACUGGAAGAAAAGCAACUUGAGGAUAGUGCACAAAAGCAAGCUGAUCAGGAUGCCGACCAGAAGUCCCAAAAACCAGAAGUAUCUGAGGUCGUAGCUGAAAAGAUAUCUGAGGAAAAGAUUGAAGAAACCAAGAAACCUGAAGUAAAGGACACUGAAGUGAAAUCACAGAAAGCCGAAGCCUUAGAUAAACAAGCCCUGGAAGAAAUGCAACUAGAGGCUAGUGCACAAAAGCAAGCUGAUCAGGAUGUCGACCAGAAGUCCCAGAAACCAGAAGUAUCUGAGGUCGUAGCUGAGAAGAUUUCUGAAGAAAAGAUUGAAGAUCCCAAGAAAUCUGAAGUAAAGGACACUGAAGUGAAAUCACAGAAAGCCGAAGCCUUGGAUAAACAAGCCCUGGAACAAAAGCAACUAGAGGCUAGUGCACAAAAGCAAGCUGAUCAAGAUGUUGACCAAAAAUCGCAAAAGCCAGAAGUAUCUGAGAUCGUAGCUGAGAAGAUAUCUGAGGAAAAGAUUGAAGAAUCCAAGAAACUUGAAGUAAAGGACACUGAAGUUAAAUCAGAGAAAGCCAAAGCCUUGGAUAAACAAGCACUGGAAGAAAAGCAACUUGAGGAUAGUGCACAAAAGCAAGCUGAUCAGGAUGCCGACCAAAAAUCCCAGAAACCAGAAGUAUCUGAGGUCGUAGCUGAGAAGAUAUCUGAGGAAAAGAUUGAAGAAUCCAAGAAACCUGAAGUAAAGGAAACUGAAGAGAAAUCACAGAAAGCCGAAGCCUUGGAUAAUCAAGCUCUGGAAGAAAAGGAACUAGACCCAAGUGCACAAAAGCAAGCUGAUCAGGAUGUCGACCAGAAGCCCCAAAAACCAGAAGUAUCUGAGGUCGUAGCUGAGAAGAUAUCUGAGGCAAAGAUUGAAGAAUCCAAGAAACCUGAAGUAAAGGAAACUGAAGAGAAAUCACAGAAAGCCAAAGCCUUGGAUAAACAAGCACUGGAAGAAAAGCAACUUGAGGAUAGUGCACAAAAGCAAGCUGAUCAAGAUGUUGACCAAAAAUCGCAAAAACCAGAAGUAUCUGAGGUCGUAGCUGAGAAGAUAUCUGAGGAAAAGAUUGAAGAAUCCAAGAAACUUGAAGUAAAGGACACUGAAGUUAAAUCAGAGAAAGCCAAAGCCUUGGAUAAACAUGCACUGGAAGAAAAGCAACUUGAGGAUAGUGCACAAAAGCAAGCUGAUCAGGAUGCCGACCAAAAAUCCCAGAAACCAGAAGUAUCUGAGGUCGUAGCUGAGAAGAUAUCUGAGGAAAAGAUUGGAGAAUCCAAGAAACCUGAAGUAAAGGAAACUGAAGAGAAAUCACAGAAAGCCGAAGUCUUGGAUAAUCAAGCUCUGGAAGAAAAGGAACUAGACACAAGUGCACAAAAGCAAGCUGAUCAGGAUGUCGACCAGAAGCCCCAAAAACCAGAAUUAUCUGAGGUCGUAGCUGAGAAGAUAUCUGAGGAAAAGAUUGAAGAAUCCAAGAAACCUGAAGUAAAGGACACUGAAGUUAAAUCAGAGAAAGCCAAAGCCUUGGAUAAACAAGCACUGGAAGAAAAGCAACUUGAGGGUAGUGCACAAAAGCAAGCUGAUCAAGAUGUUGACCAAAAAUCGCAAAAACCAGAAGUAUCUGAGGUCGUAGCUGAGAAGAUAUCUGAGGAAAAGAUUGAAGAAUCCAAGAAACCUGAAGUAAAGGACACUGAAGUUAAAUCAGAGAAAGCCAAAGCCUUGGAUAAACAAGCACUGGAAGUAAAGCAAAUUGAGGAUAGUGCACAAAAGCAAGCUGAUCAGGAGGUCGACCAGAAGUCCAAAAAACCAGAAGUAUCUGAGGUCGUAGCUGAGAAGAUUUCUGAAGAAAAGAUUGAAGAACCCAAGAAACCUGAAGUAAAGGACACUGAAGUUAUAUCAGAGAAAGCCAAAGCCUUUGUUAAACAAGCACUGGAAGAAAAGCAACUUGAGGAUAGUGCACAAAAGCAAGCUGAUCAAGAUGUUGACCAAAAAUCCCAGAAACCAGAAGUAUCUGAGGUUGUAGCUGAGAAGAUAUCCGAGGAAAAGAUUAAAGAAACCAAGAAACCUGAAUUAAAGGACACUGAAGUUAAAUCAGAGAAAGCCAAAGCCUUGGAUAAACAAGCACUGGAAGAAAAGCAACUUGAGGAUAGUGCACAACAGCAAGCUGAUCAGGAGGUCCACCAAAAAUCCCAGAAACCAGAAGUAUCUGAGGUCGUAGUUGAGAAGAUAUCUGAGGAAAAGAUUGAAGAACCCAAGAAACUUGAAUUAAAGGAUACUGAAGUUAAGUCUGAGAAAGCCAAAGCUUUGGAUAAACAAGCACAGGAAGAAAAGCAACUUGAGGAUAGUGCACAAAAGCAAGCUGAUCAGAAUGUCGAACAGAAGCCGCAGAAACCAGAAGUAUCUGCGGUUGUAGCUGAGAAGAUAUCUAAGGAAAAGAUUGAAGAAACCAAGAAGCCUGAAGUAAAGGACACUGAAGUGCAAUCACAGAAAGCGGAAGCCCUUGAUAAACAAGCACUGGAAGAAAAGCAACUUGAGGAUAGUGCACAAAAGCAAGCUGAUCAGGAUGCCGAUCAAAAAUCCCAGAAACCAGAAGUAUCUGAGGUCGUAGCUCAGAAGAUAUCUGAAGAAAAGAUUGAAAAAGCCAAGAAACCUGAAGUUGAAUUAGAGGAAUCCAAAGCCUUGGAAAAACAAGCCCUGGAUGAAAAGCAACUAGAGGUUAAAGCACAAAAGCAACCUAAUCAGGAUGGAAAAUCUCGAGAAGAUAUUAUAAGGACAUUGAACGAAAGGCUCCAGGCAUUAUCCAAAGCAGUAGGCUAUAGUUGCGAUGACAUUUUGGCAGAAAGUCGUGAUAUCGUCAAUAACCUUGAAGAUUCUGAAGUAGUGGCAAAACUUUUAUUCAAAUUAAGUGACCAUAUAGUUCACACCUACGACGGAAAAACAGAAAAAGAAAAAAAAGAGAAAGAACUCUUUGAAUCAAUAAUUGAAUCGCUGUGCGAGGCUUCUGUUGAAGCAGCCGAGAAAGUAAAACACAAUUACCUUAAGGAAAUUAAAACCAAUGUGAUUUUAACAAAAGCAACUAUUAAACUAAUCGACGACUGUAAUAUGUUUACCAAACCGUCCUUAUUAAUCCCCAAAAUUUUAAAUUUGGAAAGAGUUGCAGUAAAAAUUCAAUCAGAAACAUAUGUUGAUAAGUCGUCGGAAAAAAUGAUAAGUUUGCAACAGAGUUUAAUGGAUAUUUUCGUAAUUCUUGAUGACUUUUUAGAUGAGGAGACGGAAAUUUUAAGACCAAAAAUUGAAAAUAUUAAAACAACGUUGCUCAAUGACUAUGAUUAUAUUGAGAAAAAAGAUGAACCACUUUUAACAACUGUAAUAAAUGGAAAGAUUAAAGUUGUUUCGCAAAAUACUUUAACUAUAAUUGAAGAACUUAAACAAUUGACUGAAAAACAAGCUCAAAUGUUGCACAGCGUGUCAGAUGCAGAGGCAGAUAUUGUGGAAGAUAUUGAUGAAAAGAAUAUAAAAGAAAAUAAGGCAGACGAAAGCCUUAAGAAGGAGGUUAGGGACUCUGAAGCUAUGUCUAAGAAAACGAAGAUUAUUGAGAAGAAAUCCAUUGAAGAAGAGAAAUUGGAUGAAAAGAAAGAAAAACUGACGGAGUCCACUAUUGAUAACAAAUCCGAAAAGGCUCUGGUGUCCGAAAUAGUUACCGAAAAGAUUACUGAAGAGAAGGCAGAAGAAAGCCAAAAGGAGGAAGUUAAGGAUUCUGAAGCUAAACCUAAGAAGGCGAAGGUUUUGGACAAGAAAUCAAUCGAAGAAGAGAAACUAGAUGAAAAGAAAGAAAAACAGACGGAGUCCACUAUUGAUAAAAAAUCCGAAAAGGCUCAGGUGUCCGAAAUAGUUACCGAAAAGAUUACUGAAGAGAAGGCAGAAGAAAGCCAAAAGGAGGAAGUUAAGGAUUCUGAAGCUAAACCUAAGAAGGCGAAGGUUUUGGACAAGAAAUCAAUCGAAGAAGAGAAACUAGAUGAAAAGAAAGAAAAACAGACGGAGUCCACUAUUGAUAAAAAAUCCGAAAAGGCUCAGGUGUCCGAAAUAGUUACCGAAAAGAUUACUGAAGAGAAGGCAGAAGAAAGCCAAAAGGAGAAAGUUAAGGAUUCUGAAGCUAAACCUAAGAAAGCGAAGGUUUUGGACAAGAAAUCAAUCGAAGAAGAGAAACUGGAUGAAAAGAAAGAAAAACAGACGGAGACAACUAUUGAUAAAAAAUCCGAAAAGGCUCAGGUGUCCGAAAUAGUUACCGAAAAGAUUACUGAACAGAAGGCAGAAGAAAGCCAAAAGGAGGAAGUUAAGGAUUCUGAAGCAAAACCUAAGAAGGCGAAGGUUUCGGACAAGAAAUCAAUCGAAGAAGAGAAACUGGAUGAAAAAAAAGAAAAACAGACGGAGACAACUAUUGAUAAAAAAUCCGAAAAGGCUCAGGUGUCCGAAAUAGUUACCGAAAAGAUUACUGAAGAGAAGGCAGAAAGCCAAAGGGAGGAAGUUAGGGAUUCUGAAGCUAAACCUAAGAAAGCGAAGGUUUUGGGCAAGAAAUCAAUCAAAGAAGAGAAACUGGAUGAAAAGAAAGAAAAACAGACGGAGUCCACUAUUCAUGAAAAAUCCGAAAAGGCUCAGGUGUCCGAAAUAGUUACCGAAAAUAUUACUGAAGAAAAGGCAGAAGAAAGCCAAAAGGAGGAAGUUAAGGAUUCUGAAGCGAAACCUAAGAAAGCGAAGGUUUUGGACAAGAAAUCAAUCAAAGAAGAGAAACUGGAUGAAAAGAAAGAAAAACAGACGGAGUCCACUAUUGAUAAAAAAUCCGAAAAGGCUCUGGUGUCCGAAAUAGUUACCGAAAAGAUUACUGAAGAGAAGGCAGAAAGCCAAAAGGAGGAAGUUAGGGAUUCUGAAGCUAAACCUAAGAAGGCGAAGGUUUUGGACAAGAAAUCAAUCGAAGAAGAGAAACUAGAUGAAAAGAAAGAAAAACAGACGGAGUCCACUAUUGAUAAAAAAUCCGAAAAGGCUCAGGUGUCCGAAAUAGUUACCGAAAAGAUUACUGAAGAGAAGGUAGAAGAAAGCCAAAAGGAGGAAGUUAAGGAUUCUGAAGCUAAACCUAAGAAGGCGAAGGUUUUGGACAAGAAAUCAAUCGAAGAAGAGAAACUGGAUGAAAAGAAAGAAAAACAGACGGAGACAACUAUUGAUAAAAAAUCCGAAAAGGCUCAGGUGUCCGAAAUAGUUACCGAAAAGAUUACUGAAGAGAAGGCAGAAGAAAGCCAAAAGGAGAAAGUUAAGGAUUCUGAAGCUAAACCUAAGAAAGCGAAGGUUUUGGACAAGAAAUCAAUCGAAGAAGAGAAACUGGAUGAAAAGAAAGAAAAACAGACGGAGUCCACUAUUGAUAAAAAAUCCGAAAAGGCUCAGGUGUCCGAAAUAGUUACCGAAAAGAUUACUGAAGAGAAGGUAGAAGAAAGCCAAAAGGAGGAAGUUAAGGAUUCUGAAGCUAAACCUAAGAAGGCGAAAGUGUUGGACAAGAAAUCAAUCGAAGAAGAGAAACUGGAUGAAAAGAAAGAAAAACAGACGGAGUCCACUAUUGAUAAAAAAUCCGAAAAGGCUCAGGUGUCCGAAAUAGUUACCGAAAAGAUUACUGAAGAGAAGGUAGAAGAAAGCCAAAAGGAGGAAGUUAAGGAUUCUGAAGCUAAACCUAAGAAGGCGAAGGUUUUGGACAAGAAAUCAAUCGAAGAAGAGAAACUGGAUGAAAAGAAAGAAGAACAGACGGAAUCCACUAUUGAUAAAAAAUCCGAAAAGGCUCAGGUGUCCGAAAUAGUUACCGAAAAGAUUUCUGAAGAGAAGUCACAUGAAAGCCAAAAGGCGGACGUUAAGAAAUCUGAUGCCAAAUCUAAGAAGACAAAGGUGGUGGAGAAGAAAUCCGUAGAAGAAGUGCUGGACGAAAAAAAAGAAGCACAGAUAAAUGUCGCUUCGGAUACAAAAUCUCAAACGGCUGAUGUUUCCGAAAUCGUUUCGGAAAAGAUAUCUGAAGAGAAGGCAGAAGAAAGCCGUAAGGUGGAACUUAAGGACUCUGAAGCCAAACCCAAGAAAGCGAAGGUCCUGGAGAAGAAAUCAAUCUCAAAAGAGAAACUCGAUGAUAAUGGCAAAAAGCAGAAGGAGGACGGUGCUGCUGACAAAUCCCAAAAGGGUGGGGUUGCCGAGGUUGUUCCCGAAAAGAUAUCUGAAGAAAAGGUCGAUGGAAUUAAAACUCCCGAAAUUAAGGACUCAAAAUCUAAUAAGUCAACGGUAUCAGAUAAAAAAUCAGUCGAUGAAGAGAUGCGAGGUAUAAGGGAACAGAAACGAGAUGGGAUCGCCGACGAUGAAAAGAGGCAGGAGGCCAAGGUGUUCGCUUCGGUUCCUGUAAAGAUUGAAGCUGAAAAAACAGAUCAACUUGGAGCAAAGAAACUAACUGUUCUGGAUGAAGAACUGGUUGUUGCAAAACGAAAGCCGUAUGAAGCUGAACCAACAGCAGAUUCUAUUAGCCUGCAGACAUACAAGUCCAUGGACUCUGAGUACAAGGACCGAAAGGAAUCCCGAAGUGCCAAGCGGAAGCCAACUGUUGACAUCCAACUAACCAACCGAAACACGGCGUCUGGCAGCGACCUCAAGCUGACUUGUGGGCUAUCUGGUCACGAGAUGAAUGUGCAGUGGUUCAAGGAUAACUGCCCCAUCGAGAAUGGUGCCAAGUACAGGAGAACAUUGAACGACGGACUGUCGUGCCUUGAAAUCAAAUCGGCCGAACUGGGUGACUCUGGCAUUUAUCGAUGCAUAGCGUCCAAUCAAAAUGGAGAAGUCGAAACUAGCUGUCUUGUGACUAUAUACGAAGCACCUUCAAGUAAAUUUGGCACUCCGCCCAUAUUUACACGCAACAUUAGAGAUGCAUAUCAUUCCCAGGGCAACCAGCUCACACUGGAAUGCAAGGUAUCUGGCAGUCCCAAGCCACAUAUUUACUGGCAGAGGGAUAAUACCCUACUGCCCGUUGAGGGCACCAAGUAUCAGUAUGAGGAGCAGAGCGACGGAGUGAAACUCCUCACCAUUAACAACUUUGGCAGCAAUGAUUCCGGCUUGUAUACUUGCUAUGCGGAGAGUGAAAAUGGCCAAAUGAAGAUCAGCAAAUUUGUCCAGGCCUCUGAUUAUGUCAGAGAGAGAAUUGCCGAGAAGAAACCGAUUGACAAGGUCAUCCAGGAGAUCAAGCGCGAUGAGUCCUCAAGCGCCGCGGCGAACGAUACUGCAGCCGCCAAGGCCAAGGCUCGUGAGGCGAAGUUGCGACUGAAUCUGGAGACUAGCUUGAAGACCAUGACCAUCGGAAGUGGUAACAAGGCGCAGCUCAUCUGCUAUGUGACUGGUAUCAUCGAGGAUGUUCACUGGUUGAGGAACGAUGAGCGGGUGACUAAGGAUGCGCGUCAUAAGAUCUACAACAUAAACGGAGCCAUCAGCCUGGAAAUCUACGAUGCCCGGGUGGAGGACAGUGGUCACUACCGCUGCGUAGUGAAGAACAGUCGGCAGACUGUGGAAAGUGCUGGCCAGUUAAGUGUGCUGGAUCAGUCCGCUGGCAAAUUACCGGAAAGCUUCUCCAGUGGUAUUAUAGAAUCGUACGACGACCAGCGUAAUGAGAUCGUGCUCAGUUGCCAGGUCAAAGGACGUCCAAAUGUCAGUUGGAUGCGUGAUGACCACUCCAUAUGCAACAACCGGUACAGAACAGUAGAAGAACCAGGUGGCGUUAGAAAGCUGGUUAUACGCAAUCCCAUAUCCUCCGACUGCGGCAUCUUCGCCUGCUAUGCAGAGCACGAGGAUAGGAUUGACUCCACUAGCAUCACCAUCAAGGCGGCCGAUCUCAAGCGCCUGAUUAACGUCAGUCAGGAGGAGAUUCCAAGCAUCAGCGAUCACGAUAGCGCGCACUGGUCACGUAGCCAGUCGCAUUUGAGUUCCGGAAGUCAGGUCAACGGCAAUGGAGAACUUCAUCGGGCCGGCGAUCGUGUCCUACGCAGCGUGGGCAAGGGAAAACCACUUUUCCACACCCUGUUGCACGAUCGCACAGUUUCGGAGGGAGCCAAUAUCCGGCUGCUUUGCGCCGUAUCCGGAGACGAGAAUACCCACAUCGAGUGGCUGAAGAACCACAAACCACUGCCCAGGGGCGACAAUCGCUAUCAGACACUCUUCCUGAAUGGAGAAGCUUCGUUGGAGAUCUUCGCUGCGGUGGCCGAUGAUAGUGGCAACUAUACCUGCUGUGCCUCGAACGAUUUUGGAGAGAGUUUGAGCCAUGCCCAGCUGCGGGUAUACAAGCACUUCAAGGAAGCCCCAUUGCCAAGUACUUUUACGCAGCCCAUCCGAGACACAUAUUCUCUCAACGAGAAUGAGUUGGUUCUGGAUUGCCGCGUACGUGGCCAGCCGCGUCCUGAAAUCCAGUGGAUCAAGGGCACGGAGCCCAUUGAGAGCAGCGAGAAGUUCAAGCCGAGCGAUCAGGCCGAUGGCUAUGCCAAGCUGGUCAUCGUGAAUCCCACAGAGAAGGAUUCGGGCAUCUAUUGGUGUGUGGCCCGCAACGAGGGAGCGGAGAACAAGAUCUCCCACCAGGUGGACUUCAAGGGACGCCAGCACUACUCGCUGCAGAAGACGCACGGAUUCUUCCAUCGCGACCCCAACAAGCCGCACUUCCUGCUUCCAUUGGGCAACCAAACGGUCUGCAACGGUGGCACCGUGGCCAUUUCCGCCGAGUUCAUGGAGACCAGCACACCCAUCGAGGUCAAGUGGCUGCGCGAUCGCAGGGUGGUGGAUGGACCCAAUGUCAAGGCCCUGGCCGAUCGCGGCGUCUACACGCUGACUAUCAUGAAUGCCGGUCCCGAGGUGGAGGGCACCUAUACCUGCCGCGCCUCCAAUGCCUUCGGUCGCAUCGAAUCGAAUGUCAACGUCGAUGUGGCCGUGGGAGCUGAGAAGGAUGAGCGUCCUCCGCUGUUCCUCUCGCGACCGGACACCGAAAUGAAGAUCGCCGUGGGUGAUCCCUUCUCGCUGUCCUUCCGCAUUGCCGGCGAUCCGAAGCCAAAGCUCACCUUCAUGAAGGGCACGAAGGACAUUACCCAGUCGGAUCGGGUCAGCAAAGAGGUGUCCGAUGACUACACAAGGUUCUCAGUGCAGCAAGCCCAGAUCUCCGAUUCUGGCACCUACUUCGUGGUGGCCCGCAACAACUUCGGCACUGACAGGAUAUUCGUCACUGUGACGGUAAACCCCCGCGCUCGAUCCGCCACACCAACGCAACCACGCUGGGGCCUUCCCCUGGACAGCUACAGCGACACCUCGUACUUCAGAGAUCCACCGGGUUGCAUUUCCACCGAGCCACUGGUCGUGGACUCCGGACCCACCCACAUCUCGUUGUCGUGGGGCAAGCCGGUGAGUGCCAACUCAGCGCCGGUGAUGGCCUACAAGGUUGAGGCCUGGGUGGUGGGUCACGAGGGCGGAGCCUACUGGCGAGAGUUGGGUCUGACGCCCAUCAACUCGUUCGACGCCUUCAACCUGAAGCCCAACGUUGAGUACCACUUCCGCGUGACGCCCAAGAACCGAUAUGGCUGGGGACCCACCGUCCAGACCAGCAGUCCUCUCCAGGUGGGCGGUGUCGAGUGCCUGCCGGAGUUCGUCAAGAUCCUGCCGGGUCAGGCCAAGGCUCUGUUGGGCUCCUCCUUCACCCUGCAGUGCAACAUGCGUGGAGCGCCGAGGCCCCAGGUGACCUGGUUCAAGGAUGGCAUUCAGCUGAGCAGCAGUUCGGAACGCGUUAAGAUCCGGCAGAUCGGUUCAACCUGUGCCCUCACCAUUGCCACCGUCAGCGAACUGGACUCGGGCCGUUACACCUGCGAGGCGACCAACUCGAAGGGCAGGGUUUCCACUUUCGCCCGCCUCCAAGUCGUCUCUGAUUCGAGAAUCUACGAGGCAGAUUCGCGUCUGAAGGAGAUAGCCCAUGGUCGCAAUGUAGCGGAUGUCGGCGACUCGCUGCCCAUCUUCACCAUGCGCCUAAGAGAUCGCCGCGUCCAGGUGACCUAUCCGGUGCGACUCACCUGCCAGAUCGUGGGCUAUCCUGUGCCAGAGAUCUUGUGGUACAAGGACGAUCAGCUCAUCCACACUGAUAGAAAGCAUCUGAUCAGUGCCGAGGGACAGUUCUUCACGCUGGAAAUUGCUGCAACCACGCUGGACGACAGCGGUACCUACACCUGCCUGGCGAGGAACGAGCUGGGUUCCGUGUCCUGCCACUGCACCCUGGUGGUGGACAAGGGCAUCCGAGCCUACAUCUCACCAGACUUCUAUGUGCCCUUGGAUCCCUUCUAUAUAUUCCGCGAGGGUUCCGAAAUCCGUCUGUCCACGAAGGUCGAGGCCUAUCCAUCCGUUGGUGUCACCUGGCACCGCAACGGGAUGCGUCUGCGACCCAGUCGUCGCCUGACCGCCUCCUUGGACUGCAAUGGUUUUGUGGAGCUUAUCAUUGCCGAGGCCACCGUGCGGGAUGCAGGAAUCUAUGUGUGCGUUGCAUCCAACGUUGUGGGUAAAGUGGAGACCAUCUGCCGCGUGGCCAUUGAAGAGGAGGAGAACAAGGUGCUGGCGCCGCAGCGAUCCCUGGAAAUUCCCAGCAUUAAGACUGAUGAUCUGCCUUAUUCCAAGGAGCCCCUGUUCGUGGUCAAGCCCCGAUCCAGCGAGGCCUACGAGGGUGACAACGUCAUCAUAUUCUGCGAGGUGGUCGGCGAUCCCAAGCCCGAAGUCGUUUGGCUGCGCGAUUUUCUGAAUCCGGAGUACUACAAGGACGCGCCCCACUUCCGGCGCAUUGGAGACGGACCCGAGUACAGGCUGGAGAUACCCAGCGCCAAGUUGGACUUCACCGGCACCUAUUCCGUGAUAGCCAGCAAUUGCCAUGGCGAGGCCAAGGCUGUAAUAUCGCUACAAAUAUUCGCCAAAGAUAUACUCAACAAAAGCCGCAUGGAUAAAGUGCACACGAGACAUGGCAACAUCGAGACCCUUCCCCGAUUCGUUCGUAACUUGCGAAACCUGCGCUGUUGCGAUGGGGAUGCGAUAUCGCUGGAAUGUCAUGUUGAGGCCGAUCCAGAGCCAUUCAUCAUCUGGGAGAAGGAUGGGCAUGUUGUGCCCAGCGAUCGCGACUACGUAAUGUCCUUCGAUGGCAUAAAGGCCACGCUGAGCAUUCCGCGCGUGUAUCCAGAGGAUGAGGGCGAGUACACGUGCGUGGCCAAGAACUCGGUGGGCCGCAGUCUCUCCUCCGCCUGCAUUAUUGUGGAUGUGCCGGAGGAGAAGGAGAAUAUGCUGAGCCGCCAGCUAGCGCGACCCAGUGGCCUGCUCUCCGCCCACUCCACGCCCCGUUCCACGCCAAGAUCGACCCCCGCCAGAAGUUUCUCUCCCCUGCGCCUGUCCUACCGCACCAGCAGCAUCGAUCUGUCCGCCGUGGCGGAACGGAGGCGCAGUGAUGCCCGGAAUGCCAUCACGGCGCCCAAGUUUCUCGCCAUUCCCUACAAUCGCGUCGUCGAGGAGGGCGACAGUGUGCGCUUCCAGUGCGCCAUCGCCGGUCAUCCCACACCAUGGGCGACGUGGGACAAGGACGGCCUGAUUGUGACACCCACGCCGCGCAUUGCCGUCAAGGAAAUCGAUGACCUGCGUAUCAUAGAGAUCGAUGAGGUGACCUUCGACGAUGCCGGCCUGUACCGCGUCACUCUGGAGAACGAUUUCGGGCGCAUUGAGGCCACCGCUCGCUUGGACGUCAUCCGCAGCUCCCGCUACUCCAAGUCGCCCUCGGUGCGCAGCGUGCGUGCCUCCUCCUCCCGUCGAAAUGCCCAUUUGUACAGGCGCAUCAUGGGUCCAUCCACAGCAAUUGGCGGACGCAUGGCUCUGGCAAGUGGCUAUCGGGGCUCCUCUGUGCCCUCGGUGAGAUUCUACCACAACGACGUGGAGCUGGAGGCCUCGGAACGGGUUCACAUCCUGCUGCAGGACUCCAUGGCCCUGCUGAUCGUGGACAAUGUGACGCGCGAGGAUGAGGGCCAGUACACCUGCAUCAUAAGUGGCGACCACGAUCCGCUCGUCAGUUCCACCACAGUCACCUUCCACGACCCCAACACGGCGAUCCCCAGGCGCCGUGCUGUCAUCACGGAACCACUGCCCGAGAUUACCAAAUCUCUGGAGGGCGAGGUGAUCGAUCUGUGCUGCUCCAUCGCUUGCGAUGAGCCAUACAGCUACGUAUGGCUGCGAAAUGGCGAAAUUCUACCGGACAGCGAUGAGUUCAAUUACAUUGAUCACGGCAAUGGACGCCUCUGCCUGCGAAUCAGCGACGCCUUCGACAUUGACUCCGGCACCUACAGCUGUCAGGUGUUUACCAUCAGCGACAUCGACGACUCCACCUCCACCACCGACUCCAAUCCGAACUGCAGCUCCAUUUCCAGCGGAUGCGAUUGCAGCAGCAGCGGCGAGCUGUGCGUCCUGGAGCGCGAUCUCCGUGGCCAGGAUGAGGAGUGCGUCCAGCUGCUGAAGACGCCGCUUCCGGUGGUCUGCGCCACCGGCGAGGAAGCCCUCUUCUACGCCCGUGUUUUCCCCUGCGACGCGGAAGCCGACUGGUAUCUCAAUGGACAGCUUUUGGCCCAGGCGGAUGACUCACUUAACAUGACGUUGGAGUCUUAUCCAGAGAACGGCAUUCGGCUGCUGCGACUGCGCGACGUGACCGCAUCGAGGAGCGGCGAGAUCUGUCUGCAGGUGAAGCAUCCCCAGGCGGAGUCCCGUCGGAUUCCCGCCAGCCGCACCUACACCAGCCUCCUGGUGCUGCCCGCCAUCCGGGGCAACAGCUCCUGUUCCUCGCUGGCGGCCAGAAGCUGCAUUUUGACGCGCCCCGAGGACUGCACCGCCUUGAUUGGUGGACAAGUUCGGCUGAGCGCACGCUACGAGCCAUUCCCGGGCACCAAAGUCAUCUGGUACAAGGCGUGCCAUCCCAUCGUUGAGGGCUCCAAUGUGACGAUCCGGACGACGAGCCAGCAGUCGACGCUCUACAUCACGGACAUCUCGGCGGACGACAGCGGCAAGUAUACGGUGGAGGUGAUGAACGACUACGGCGUGGAGGCUGCCGCUGCCUCGGUGGCGGUGGAAGGUCCUCCGGAGCCACCCAGUGGCCAGCCCAGUGUCUCGCUGGGUCCAGAUCGCGUGGCAGUGGCCUGGUGUGGUCCACCCUACGACGGUGGCUGUAUGAUCACAGGCUUUAUCAUUGAGAUGCAGACCAUUGGGCAGGACGGGGAUGAGGACAGCUGGCUGCAGGUGACCCGAGUGGUGGACAGCUUGGCGUACACGGUCAAGAAUCUGCAGCCACAGAUGCAGUACCGAUUCAGAGUGCGCGCCGAGAAUAUCCAUGGACGCAGUGCACCCGGCCAGGCCAGCGAACUGGUACAGAUAACCAAUACGCCACAGAGGACCACAACAGAUGCCAGCGAUCAUUUUGGACGGGCGACAGUGAGCGUGCAGUCUGGUGGAGACUUCAAAUCUCGCUUCGAGAUCAUCGAGGAGCUGGGCAAGGGGCGAUUUGGCAUCGUUUACAAGGUGCAGGAGCGCGGUCAGCCGGAGCAGCUGCUGGCCGCCAAGGUGAUCAAGUGCAUCAAGUCCCAGGAUCGGCAGAAGGUGCUCGAGGAGAUCUCCAUCAUGCGCUCGCUGCAGCAUCCCAAGCUCCUGCAGCUGGCCGCCUCCUUCGAAAGUCCAAGGGAGAUUGUCAUGGUGAUGGAGUACAUCACUGGCGGAGAAUUAUUCGAACGCGUGGUGGCUGAUGACUUUACCUUGACCGAGAUGGACUGCAUCCUGUUCCUGCGCCAGGUUUGCGAUGGAGUGGCCUACAUGCACGGCCAAAGUGUGGUGCAUCUCGAUCUGAAGCCGGAGAACAUAAUGUGCCAUACCCGCACCAGCCACCAGAUCAAGAUCAUUGACUUUGGAUUGGCCCAACGACUGGAUACGAAAGCGCCCGUCCGAGUUCUCUUUGGAACCCCAGAGUUCAUACCACCAGAGAUCAUUAGCUACGAGCCCAUAGGUUUUAAGUCCGACAUGUGGAGUGUGGGCGUCAUUUGCUACGUGCUGCUCUCGGGUCUCUCGCCCUUCAUGGGCGAUACCGAUGUGGAAACCUUCUCGAAUAUAACCAGGGCGGAUUACGACUACGAUGACGAGGCCUUUGACUGCGUUUCUCAAGAGGCCAAGGACUUCAUCUCGCAGUUACUGGUUCACCGCAAGGAGGACCGCCUGACCGCCCAGCAGUGCCUGGAGUCCAAGUGGCUGAGCCAGCGCCCGGACGACAAUCUCAGCAACAACAAGAUCUGCACGGACAAGCUGAAGAAGUUCAUCAUUCGGCGCAAGUGGCAGAAAACCGGAAAUGCCAUCCGUGCUCUUGGUCGCAUGGCCAACCUGUCGGUGUCGCGACGGAACUCUGCCAUUGCCAUGGGCGUGCUGAGUAGUCCAAGGCCUUCCAUUUCCGGUCUGGGCAUGCUGACCGCCAGUGCCAUCGGUGGUGGGACUAGCACCCAAAUGACAUCCCUCCACGAGGAGGAGGACGACUUCAGCGGUGAGAUGCCGCCAGUGGAGAAGCGCACCGUUCUCAAGCUGCGGGACAAGUCACAGUGCAGUGAACGCAGCGAUUCCGGCUACAGCGAGUGCUCCAAUUGCAGUGGCGCCCAGGAGACGCUGCUCCUCUCGCUGGCCAAGUCCAAGCUGGAGGCGAUAGCGAAGGCGAGUACCUUGCCCACCGUUGUGCACGACGACACGGAGCAUACCGUCGCCCUGGAGCUGCCCACCAAGGGCGAGGCCAUCAUGCGCUCCGACUUCACCAACACCAUCAAGAUGCGCAAGAAGUCACUGGAGGACAGCGCUGCGCGGGAGAAGCCAAAGUCCAAGCCCCAGGUCAAGCCCCUCUUGUGUGAGUCCAAGCUGAAGGUGUCCCAGCUGAAGGACAGGUUCCAGGUCUCCCCUGCUCCUGCUUCUGCAUCCGCAACCGCAUCCGCAUCCGCUGCUAACAAACCUCCGCUUGCCUUUGAGUCCUACAAAAUAGCCAAGGUGGCGAGUGUGGGACGCAUCAGUAGAACAGAGGAGUCGGCGAGGACCGGCAGAGGCGCCGGCUCCAGCUUACCCAGUGGAUCCUCCAAAGGCAAGCCGCCCCAGGUGCGGUCCAUGCCCAGCUCUCCGCUGCCCCAGCGAUCCGCCACGCCGACGCGGCUGAUGAGCCAACGCGUCCGUGAGGCGGCCGAGCGUCUUGCCCAACAGCACACGGUGUCCAGUGCUCAGCGGCAGUUUGGCAAUGGGAAAGGCACGGGCACUGGCACUGGCACUGGAAAUGGUAAUGGUAAUGGCAAUGGUAAUGGAAAUGGGAACACGGCGGAGACGAAUCGCGAAUCACGCGCGCGACGUCUCAUCAGCCGAUUCAACAACGAAACGCAGCAUAUCACGUCCUAGAUUAAGUCGGUUAAACGCCGACAAGCAUAACUUUAUUACAGAUAAAGCAGAUAUAGCAUUGUUUAAGUAAAAAAGAUGUACCCCAGAGAAACUCUACGAAACACUCGAAUAUGAAGCGACUGCGAAACGCGCGGCGACUGCGGAUCCGAGCGCACCCACCCAGCAUCCUGGAUCCACACCCACACCCACACCCACUCACAGUAGGAUAUGUGCACGGACUCCCUCCGGUCAGAGGGAACUGUACUUAGGCUAGAGGAAGCUACGUGUUUAAAUUAUUGUAUCGAUUUAUAUACAUAUUUACCAUACUAAUUAAAGUUAAUGUAACGAAA